AUGGGAGGCGGAGGUGGUGGUGGUGGAGGAGGAGGUAUGGGUGGGGGGCAUGGACAUGCACACGGAGAUGAUGAUGACGACGAUGAAGAUGAGGAACGCGAUCCUAAUGAUGAAGGCGAGAGCUGGUUUGCAGGUGGCGAGAGGAGUGGGAUUUCGGUGCAGAACCCAGAUAGACCUGGAGGGAAUGUACCUGGAGGUAACGUCGUCCGGGAUCUUUUGAGAAGAGCCGCAGAAGCGGGUCCUCCACCAGGCAUGCCCGAGAGCUCGGGAACUCUUAGCUCCCGUUUCUUCUCUGGUGGUGCUCACACGCUAGGCUCUGAUGAAGUCGAGAGCUCUUUCAUCCCUGAUCCCAAUGCGCCCCCGGCCGCUACAGAGGACAACCCGACGAUCCGCCAUCUCACCUUCUGGCGCGAUGGUUUCAGUGUUGAGGACGGCGAAUUGAUGCGCUACGAUGACCCCGGCAACGCCCAGGUUCUCAACGAGAUAAACUCAGGACGUGCGCCUCCCCACAUUCUGAACGUGCGAUCCGGAGAGCCCGUCGAACUUCGUGUCGCCAAACGCCUCAACGAAGAAUAUGUGGCGCCUCCCAAGGGGCCAGCAUCCGCGUUCUCUGGCUCUGGAAACCGCCUUGGUGCUCCCGUCCCCGAAGUCACUGGUUCGUCUUCUGGUGCGCCGGGCUCGAGUUCCGCUAUGCCAGGAGGAUUCCCUUCUGCUGUUGCCGCCGCGGCGAGCGCUAGUUCUACGGCUGGUUCUGGCGCAGAAAGGCAGAGUUUGAGUACGAGGUUUGAGGUUGAUCAGUCGAAGCCUACGACGAGUGUGCAGAUUCGGUUGGCGGAUGGAACGAGAUUGGUAUGCAGGAUGAAUCUUUCGCACACCGUCGGCGACAUCAGGAACUUCAUUAAUGCUGCGCGCCCGGAGAAUUUGACCCGUCCGUACACUGUCGGGACCACCUUCCCUAACCGGGUAUUAGAAGACGAUAGCGCGACGGUAGAAGGUGCUGGGCUCGUCAACAGUGUCAUCGUGCAGCGUUGGGCUUGA